CUUCUGUUUUGACUGCUAGCUAUUUAUUAACUAAUGAGGAUCUGUCGUGUCCUGAGGGGGAAAACUGACUUAUCCAUAGUAAUAUAGAUGGUAAAUUAAAGCAUUGGCCCUAGAAUAUUGUUAUGAAGUCUGUCAGCAGUGAAUUAGAUAAUUGUUUUGUUUUCACUUUUUUCUGCACUGUAACAAAUACCUCCAAUUGUUAAUUUCAUCACCUUAUUAUUUUUGUUUAAAAAAUGAGAGGCUGUGCUAUAGCAUGCACUUUGUUUCCAAGAGGUAAGACUUUAUUGCUGUUCUUAAAAUUUAAAUUGGGGUAGAUGGCAUCUACAUUUUCUUGAAACAUUCUAAGUGCUUACUACGGCAAUAUAACCCAAAUAAUUAUUUUAAGUCAUUAGUAUGUAGUGAUAUUUAAAGGUAGAUUAACAUUCAAACAGUUUAAACUGUGAAUUGAUUUUUUUUUUCUUUUUUUGCUGUGUGAGCUGCAACUCCUGCUUUAUGUAACUGGUCAUUGUUACAGAUGUGGUUCUUCCCUAUGAUAAGCAUUUCAUCAUCAAUCCACAUGAAACCCGUACUAAAGGUCAAAAACGAGUAGCUCCUAAUGAACUGUAGAUGAAAGAGCAUAGCCUGAGUUAGAGUAAGCAUUUAAAAACUGUGUUGCUGUCACUUGACAGCCAAGCAUGUUCUGGGACUGGUGUGCUGGAAUUCCUUGCUUCUGUUGAGUUGUGACUGUAUUCCUUCAUACAUACUAAGACCCUGUAAACCUCAUGAUUAUUUGUUGCUAUCUUUCCUAGGGAAGGAUUUAUGCUGCAGGUAGCACCUGUGAGUGUGUUGGUCAGCCUGAGGAAAAGAAUCAAAGGACAGUUCAGAGGAAACUCAGGAAGUGGUAGGAGAGGCUUUGCUAAUCUCCCCUUCUGGGAAAACAACUGUAUAGGCUCAGGAAAGUGCUUAAAAUGAAGAUGAGACUGCUUUCUUCUGUUCUUCAUCUCCGUGUAAACAUGUUCAUGGAUUUGCAGAACUCCACUCGAAGUUCGUAACACAGAUGGUGAUGGUCUCUGUGCUUUAUUAGUGGUGCCUCGCAGUUGGGGUUGCUUGAAAGUAUGGGAUGUGUUUGGUUUAUUGUUACACUUUGCCUAGAUGGAGACUGUGGGUUACUGGAGUGACUGUGCUGCAGCAUCUUCUCCAUUAAAUGCUACAAGUCUGAACAGGAUAUAAUAUGAACCAGACUUGUUGGAAGUGUUUCUAACUUGACCAUGUAGAAGUAAUUCAGUAGCCUGCCGCUGAAGAAGCGAUCGUAUUAUUGCAUGUUAUUCCCUGAGGACAGAAUGGGUUAUGUUUUAUUUUUUCUUGUUGAUUCCUUGAGAAUUUAAAACUUGGCGUCCCACAUAAAAAUUAUCUUGGCUUAGAAGAUAAUUGUGUGGAGUCUAAGCAGCUUUUCUAAAAGCUGGUAAAGAAAUGGACAGCAUUCUCUAUGGUAUGAGUAUUUUGAUAAGUGAUUGGAAAACAACUGUGCCUUCUGAGGCCCUGCUUUUCAAGUUGGAGCAAGUAUUUGUAUUUAUCAAAGUUCAUGAAUGUUUGAGAGGGCACUGGAUAUAAUGGGAUACUUUUAUGGUGCUUUACAGUGCUCCUCUUGAGACCUCUUUUAGGGAAUAUAGUCUGAGUUGCAUGAUCCGGGAACAUUAGACAUUGACUGCUUUUGCUGAACACGUGAUACUCCACUUGAAUGCUUUACUGCUUGCAUAAAAUGAGAAUGUGCUGCAGGAUCAUGCCCAAGUGUCGCUAUGAAAUCUGCCUUUUUUCCCUCUGUUGGAAGGUGAUCAGCUUUGUGCAGGUCAUUCAAAUCCAUUUUUGGGUGGUAGCUUUCCCCUUAGGGAAAUGACUGGGGUUUUGUGUGACAGAAUUGUUAACCAAGCUUGAAUUUUCCAUGCCUUGUGAUUGAGAGAGCUUGUGCUCUGUGAGCUCAGUUUUCUGUGCCUGCCAUUCAUCAGUGUUACGGAUUGUAAAAGCUGCCACUUCAAUGCUGCUCUUUUGGUACCCAGACUUAUCUGUGCAAAUGUUGUGGUGGAGCUGUGGAAACAAGGUCUUCGAGGUCUCAUGGGGUCUUGCAGCAGCCAGAACACACGGAAAACAGGAAAGGGAAGAAAGGUGCUACAAAAUAUAUUAGAAACAGAAAAUGAAUAUUCUAAGGAGCUACAGACAAUGCUUUCGAACUACCUGCGACCAUUACAAGCCAGUGAAAAGUUAAACUCGACAAACACUUCAUACUUAAUGGGAAAUCUGGAAGAAAUAAGUUCUUUUCAGCAGAUGCUUGUACAGUCUUUAGAAGAAUGCACCAAGUUGCCUGAAGCUCAGCAGAGGGUUGGAGGAUGUUUUCUAAAUUUGAUGUCACAAAUGAAAAGCUUAUACCUUGCCUACUGUGCCAAUCAUCCAUCAGCAGUAAAUGUUCUCACAGAACAUAGUGAGGAGCUAGGAGAAUUCAUGGAGGUGAAAGGUGCCAACAGUCCUGGGAUCCUUGUACUGACCACAGGCCUCAGCAAACCUUUUAUGCGUCUGGAUAAAUACCCCACGUUACUCAAAGAGCUUGAAAGGCACAUGGAGGAUUAUCAUCCAGAUCGUCCAGAUAUUCAAAAAUCCAUGACAGCCUUCAAAAACCUUUCUGCACAAUGUCAAGAAGUACGGAAACGGAAAGAACUUGAACUACAAAUAUUAACAGAAGCAAUCCGCUGUUGGGAGGGGGAAGAUAUUAAAACACUUGGCAAUGUGAUCUACAUGUCCCAGGUCAUGAUUCAGUGUGCUGGAAGUGAGGAAAAGAAUGAAAGGUAUCUUCUUCUCUUCCCUAACAUUUUGUUAAUGUUGUCUGCCAGCCCAAGAAUGAGUGGGUUCAUUUAUCAGGGGAAGCUACCAAUGACUGGAAUGACUAUCACAAAGCUAGAAGACAGUGAAAACCAUAAAAAUGCAUUUGAAAUAUCAGGAACUAUGAUUGAAAGGAUAUUAGUGUCAUGUAACAACCAACAAGAUUUGCAUGAGUGGGUCGAUCACCUGCAGAAACAAACCAAAGUCACAACUGUUGGGAAUCCCACCAUUAAACCUCAUUCUGUGCCAUCUCACACACUUCCUUCCCAUCCAGUGACACCCUCCAGCAAGCACUCGGACAGCAAGCAGAUACCACUGACUCCUGCAUAUCACACUCUCCCUCAUCCGUCACAUCACGGGACUCCACAUACCACGAUAAACUGGGGACCUCUGGAACCUCCUAAAACACCCAAGCCCUGGAGUCUGAGCUGUUUACGGCCCGCACCUCCACUACGGCCUUCAGCAGCACUUUGUUACAAAGAGGAUCUAAGUAAGAGCCCUAAAACCAUGAAAAAGCUGCUUCCCAAACGCAAGCCAGAACGGAAGCCAUCAGAUGAAGAAUUUGCACUGAGAAAAAGUACAGCUGCUUUAGAAGAAGAUGCUCAAAUUCUUAAAGUCAUUGAAGCAUAUUGCACAAGUGCCAAAACACGUCAAACACUAAACUCAACAUGGCAAGGCACUGACCUGAUGCAUAAUCACGUCUUGGCUGAUGAUGACCAAUCAAGUCUAGACUCCUUGGGUCGUCGCAGUAGUCUUUCUCGUUUGGAGCCUUCAGACCUCUCAGAAGACUCUGACUAUGACAGUAUAUGGACAGCCCAUAGUUACAGAAUGGGGUCUACAUCUCGUUCCCGCAAAGAAUCAGCUCCCCAAGUCCUGCUUCCAGAAGAAGAGAAAAUCAUUGUAGAAGAAACUAAAAGUAAUGGUCAGACUGUUAUAGAAGAGAAAAGCCUUGUUGACACAGUAUAUGCAUUAAAGGAUGAAGUACAGGAGUUAAGACAGGACAACAAAAAGAUGAAGAAAUCAUUAGAAGAAGAACAAAGAGCUCGCAAGGACUUGGAGAAGCUUGUUAGAAAAGUUCUAAAGAACAUGAAUGAUCCAUCUUGGGAUGAAACCAAUUUAUAACUAUUUUUUUUCUUUCUAUUGAAAGACCAGUUGUAAAACUGAGCUGGGAAGCCUUCUGACAUUAGUCAGUGUUGCAUCAAGAGCACUACAAAACAGGAUUUAACUGGAUCUGGUGAUUUCUUGCUCUGAACAUAUAGAAACAGUCAAGCCAUUCACUGAAGCAAUCUGUACACUAGGUGUUGGAGACUGUGGAUCCUGAACUCUACUAAACUUAAUUUGUUUGCAUCUAAAUUACCUCAUUUUGCAGAAAGUGCAGCAUCUGACUAAAAGUCCAUGUUUUUCAGUGGCUUUUUAAUUAAAUAUAUAUAUUUUUCUUGUAAAUAUCUGUAAUUUUGAAUGCAUAUGUGGUUGGUAUAUCAGGGCUGAUACGUUGUUUUUUUCCUUCUUGUUCUUACAACGGUCACAAGUGUUAGAAAGGUGGCAGUACUGUCUUAGCUAAGAAGGGUCAGAGUUCUUUGUGGCUAAUUAUGGAUUUGCUCCAAAAUGCUCACUCAUCACACAUGCAAAUUUAAAAACUUGUUUUUCCUAUUGACCAGUGUAUUUAAAUCCUUUCCUGUUAUUUAUCUCUGCACAUACGUUUGAAGCAGUUUACAAUUGCUUAGAAACAGUAUUAAACUACAGGAAAUCGUUUAUUGGUGGUGGAAACAAAACUUAACGACACUAAUGCCCACGAUUUAUGUUCAUGUACUUUCAUUUGGCAGACUAAUCUCUUGUGCUUUGGCCACCAGAAGACUGAUGUACUUGCCUGCUUUUUGACUGUGAUUUUUAGGUGUUUAUGUACUAC